CGACCGGACCUCAUUCUCGCUUCAACCGCUUGACCAGUUCGUGCUCGGAAUGCGUACUCCGCGGACGCUGACAUUGGCAGUAACGGUGCUGGGGGUUGCUGCACUGCUCGGCUUCACACCGAUCGCGGCGGACGAGCUCAGUUUGGACGAUCUGAUCAAUAAUGUGUUUACGACGGCGCCACCGGGAAAGGGAGCACCUCCGGCAACUCCGGCGCCUCCACCACCACCACCGGUACCGCCGGUAGGCCAGAAGGGUGGACCAUGUGGUGGGGAGGCGGUGUGCAUUCAGAAGUUCCUCUGCUCGAACGCCAGCACUUCGGGCGAAGGCCUCAUCGAUAUUCGCUUCUCGGACGACAACCCGUGUGUGGACUAUCUGCUGCAGUGCUGCUACGAGGAUGACAUUAUCCAACCACCGGGUGGUGAUGGUAUCGGCGGUGGUGGUAUCGGAGGAGGCGGCGGUGGCAUCGGCGGCGGCGGCGGCGGUGGUGGUAUCGGCGGUGGUGGCGGUAGCGGCAGUGAUGGUGGCAAACAUCCAGUGGGCCCUCCGUCCGAUGGCUCCGGUGGACCCGCGCCGCGAGAACUACACUGUGGCAGGCGUAACGUGGACGGUAUCGGGUUCCGCAUCACCGGCUCGAAGGACAACGAAGCGGAAUACGGAGAGUUCCCGUGGAUGAUGGCGAUCCUGAAGUCGGAGGAAGUGUUGGGACAGCUGCGCGAGAACGUGUACGCGUGCGGCGGCUCCCUGAUUCACGAGCAGGUCGUCCUGACGGGGGCACACUGCGUCCAGAACAAGCAACCGUCGGAGCUGAAGGUUCGCGCCGGCGAGUGGGACACACAGACGAAGAACGAGAUCUACCCGCACCAGGACCGCUCGGUGGUGGAGGUGAUCGUACACCCGGAGUUCUACAAGGGCGGACUGUACAAUGACGUGGCGCUGCUGUUCCUCGACUCGCCGUUCAAGUCGAACGAGGCCAUCCAGCCGGUCUGUCUGCCACCGCAGGACAUGGUGUUCGAUCAUCAGACGUGCUUUGCGUCCGGCUGGGGCAAGGAUGUAUUCGGGAAGGCCGGCUCCUACCAGGUCAUUCUGAAGAAGAUCGAUCUUCCGGUCGUACCGAACGAUCAGUGCCAGUCGGCCCUUCGCACGACCCGGCUCGGAGCCAAGUUUAACCUGCACAAGAGCUUCAUGUGCGCAGGCGGCAUCCCCGGUAAGGACACGUGCAAGGGUGACGGUGGCUCCCCGCUAGUGUGCCCGAUCCCGAACCAACAUCAGCACUACUACCAAAGCGGACUGGUGGCGUGGGGCAUCGGGUGCGGCGAGAACGGUAAGCCGGGCGUGUACGCCAAUGUGGCCAAGUUCCGCGGAUGGAUCGACCAGCACAUGAACCAGCGUAACUUUGGCACCGCCAGCUACACUUUUUAGUCAGUGCUUGUGGCGCUUUCCAAUUCGACCGGCUAUCGAGGUGUUAAUAAUUCUCAUAGAACUGUAGGCAAUAAAAUGAGACACG